AUGCCCAUCAAAUGCUUCGACACAAAAGGAGCAAGAGGUUCUGUUCCAAAUCUUAAAGUAACCGGACAUGGUUGUGGCUCAGCACAGAAUAAACCAAAACAACACGUUUACCCGAUUUCAACAAAACAAGAGACGAAAGACAAACGACCAAAUUUGGCAAAAGAUUUGGCGAAGCGAAUCCUCGAUGAGCAAUACGCGAAAAGCCUUGAGCAACAGAUCAAGCUACUCGAAUUCGAGAAUCAAUUCUUACGAGAUCGAGGAGAGAGCCAUGAAAAUCGCUGUGCCCGCUAUGGGGGAAAGCAGAUUUUGUUGCGAAAUGAAAACGAGGUGAGUCUUGAUGGUGGGAAUUCUUGGUGUCGUCUCCCGUCAUUUCACCCUCCACUUCAUCAUUUCAUGCGGCGUGAUUGUCCGACUGCUUUCGAUUAUGACGAGAAAAGAGGAGAUGAUGAGAAUAAAAAUCAUCCAACAAAUCGACGAGAUCGAUCGAGUUCUCCCGAGCUAAAUGAAAAGGAUUUCAACAAGUUUGAGGAAAUGCAGGAUAAGGAACUUUCACGAUCAUGGGAUAUUAAAAGAAGGCCGUCAACAAUUCAUGAAAGUGAUGAAGAGGAUGAAACACGGAAAUCUCCAAAAGUGAACCCAUCGAAAAAUGAUUCAAAACAAAGGCCGACACUUUCAAAUCCGCGAUCGGGAAGAGUUGGGCCUGUGAAACAAGCUAGUGUCUCACGAAUUGAUGAAAUCAAGCGAUCGAUUGAGAAACGAAGAGAGAAUCUCACCAAUCAAAUCAAUUCAGUUGGAGGAAGACGUCAAUCGAUGCCUACAAUUCAACCGAGAUCUUUUUCAAUCCCAAGAAAAGGCGAUGAGGCAAAGAUGAGCUCUCAAAAGCCGUCAAGACAGAGCUCUGUUCAUCGACAUUUAAUGAACGAAAAUGGAUCGACUAAACAUCAACAAGAGGAGAAAGAUGAAUUGAUCCAAGAGCUCGAAGGAGAGCUCGACUUCUUGAAUGCUGAGGUGCAGGAUCGAGAGCGGAAAAUCGCUCAAUUCAGAGAGAAAUUGAAAGCAAACGAGGAGAAAUUGAAUAACAAGACAGCCAAUGACUCUCGAGAUCGACGAGCGUUGAUGGAGGAGUUGCUUGAAUUGCAACGACGAUUGGACGAGUUGACACCAAUUCUGGCCGAGAAAGAGGCUCAUAUAGCAAAAUUAGAAAACGAGCGAGACGCGGCGACCACCUCAAUGCGAGCGCGCGAAGGAGAGAUUAGAAAAUUGCAGACUGAGCUCUCCGAGAAACACCAAGAACAAACGUUCAUGAGCGAUCGAGAGACAAAUCAUAAAGAAGAAAUGAAACGAUUGGAAGCAACAAUAGCAAGAUUAGAAGAAAAGGAGAUGAAUUUGAAAACAGAAUUGCGCACAUUGACGGAAGAGUUGUUGAAUUGUAAAAAGCACGGGUCAGAAUUGGAGAUGCGACUGGAGAGAGAGAAGAAUCUCGUGGAACAGUUAACCGAUGAACACAGUCGAUUGAUUGGAAAGAACGCGGAUCUUUCCUCAGAUAUGCAGAAACUUGAGCUCGCUGUAACAACGGCUCUUUCAGAAGCUGAAGAAAUCACAAAAAAUAUCGUGAAGAGAGAUGAUUAUGAUAAGGUUAAAUCAUCGGAAUCGAGUCUACGAAUUGAGCUAGAGGCGUCGAUCGAGAGAAACAAAAGCCUUCAGCUACAAAUUCAACAACUCGAGAAACAGAUAUCAGAUCAAGAAGACUCAUCAUCGGAUUAUCGAGAGAGUCGCGAGCGAAUCCAACGCGAGUUUAAUGCUCUUCAAGCUUUAUCAAGAUCGUUGACAGAAGAAAAUAAAACUCUUCGAGAAGAAAUCCUCGAUCUCCGCGAUAAAUUGGAACAACAAAGGAACAAGUUGAAAGAAAAAGAUUCUAAAAUUUUCGAUCUCGAAGACGAGCUUGGGAGAAUAGUCAAAGUUCAUCAAGAAACCGUUCACAAAGUCGAAAAAGAGACAAGGACACAAAUUGAACGUGGUUUGGAAUUAGAAGAUGUGACGAGGAGACUGAAAGAAAUCGCUGAUUCAUUGCCAAGAACAGAAGCCGGAUCAAUUGCAUCUCGGUCGCAUCGACCGUCAUUUUCUAGAGAGGAAUCGAUCACGUCACAGCAAUCGAGUGUUCGUCGGGGUACUCGCGUGAUCCCAUUGAUGUUAGACGAAUGUCAUUCCCCUCAAUCUCCACAUGACAUUCAAAAGAUCAUCGAAAUGGCGAGAAACACUUUAAAGAGACCACUU